CUCUCCUCUCCUCUCCUCUUUGUCUCCCCUUUUCAUACGCUACAAAAAACCUCUCCCCACUCCUUAUAAUAGACAUUGGAUUAGAUAGAUAAGCAGAGGAAGGGAAAGAGAGAGAAAGAAAUCAUGGGAUCUGAGGCAGAGAAAGAGUCAAGCUGCACACCAAAGCUACCACUAUUUUCUGCUUCACAUGCACACAUGCAGUCACCAGAAAGAUCAGGGAUGUUAACCCCACCAUUACACGCCUUAGCCUCGGUCCCAUUUCGCUGGGAAGAGGAACCAGGAAAGCCCAAACCUUGCACCACACUCGCCACUAUUUUUUCUAACCCCAAUGACUUUGCUCAAAAGUGCCUGGAACUGCCUCCGAGGUUGCUACUGGAUGCCAAGAUCACAGAUAAACUCCCCUCGCCCACCACAGUCUUGGAAGGCCCUUACAGGGGAAGGGCUAGAUUUCAGUCUUCCUCUUUCAGAAUGGCAAGUGAGUGUUAUGGGUCUUUCCGAGCCGGCAGUUAUAGUCCUGAGAUGGUGCACCUUGAUACCAUGGUUCUUAGCAAGAGAGGGUACAAAGAGAAGGGUUUUCUUGGUUCUUGGAGGAGAAGGGCCUUGAAGGCUAGAAGAGAAGUUGGUGGAAAGAGUUAUGUGUUCCCAUCUUCUGGGGAUAGAGAUAGUGAAUGCUGCAGAGAAGGAGAAGAAAGCAGUGGCAGCACCAGUGUUAAGAUCACAAGAAUUAGAAGGGUUGGCAGCUUCUCUAGUCUCUCUCAUUCCAAGUCCCACUUCUGGGCAAGUAUUUAUGAAGGCUUAAAGCAAGUUGUUCCAUGGAGUAAAAGGGAAAAGAAGGAUGGACUAUUGGGCUGACGUUUUUUCCUCUAGGCACCCUACGACACAAACAAUUAAUUACCUGCAGCAUUCCAAUCCAAAUCAGCCGGUGGAUGUUGUUAUUGUGAAUGAAAAUGACUAAUCAAAUGUAAUAUAUCUAUUAACUAAGCCCAUUACCACUUUGUUUUUCUUCCCUAGUUGUGGGGCGGCAUUCAGCUAAGUUUUUGGAUGGGUCUGGCUAUGGCAGCAAUCUUAAAUCUUUUGCAUGUAAAUCAAUGUCAAAGUUUUCAGACAUCGGUGGCCUGGAUAUAUAGCAGCAAUAAAUGUACCAACAGGCCAUCAUUCCAUGGACACUGGGAAGUGGGAACGUUUGUAAGGAUGUGGAAUUUAUGGCUUAGCUAUUUAGGUAAAUGAAACAAUCUAGCGUAUCAUUCCAAUCUUUACUAUU